AUGGAGGGAAAGAUCCAAGGUCGGUUUGACUCGAAGAAGCCGGAAAAGGCCGUCAAAGAGGUGGUGAGAAAGAGGAAGCUACCAGAAGACACAUUACACAGAAGCACAGGAGACGGGGCAUGUCAAGUCUGGGUGAGAACUAGAGUGGUCGAGGGCGGCCAUACUGACAUUGGGAGAUAUGUGUGUGCGACCAGCAAAGAGACCAGCAAGACAGUGUGCUUGACAAGCUACAAGACACCGCGUGGCAAUGACGACCUCUUGAACUCGACCACGAUCUCGGAGGCGUGUCGAGCCAUGUCGGCGGCGUCAUCAUUUUUCGAUCUGACCGCUAUCGGACGCUAUGGUGAAGAAUCUGUAUAUGUGGUUCAUCCAGUUCGAUUAGUUAAACCCAUAGCCACUUCCAUGAUCACUACCAAACCAACCCCUCUCAUUUCGCGGGCACAACAAGGCGUCGCAGCCCUUGCCCAAGGUUGA